UGGCAUUCCCAAGUGCGAUUACUGCUCGAGAAAUCGUAGUGAGUGUUGGGUUUAACGCUGUUCUACUUGGUCAUUGUUUUAUCUAAGCUCAUCGUCCGGUAACAUAUAAUAUCAGACGGCUUCUCAUCGUUUUUAACUAGAUCAACUCCAUAAGUAUUAUGGACGCCGAACGUAAAGCUAUUGUUGAUGCAUUAUCGAUACCUGAAAUCAAAGAUUUUGCGUUUCGUUUGGACAUACAGUAUCAAAUAAAAAAUGCAGAAGAAUCGAUCAAAGCCCGAAAGGAAGGCAAUGACAUUUACAUAAAGAAAGAACACACUGACGAAGAUCAUAAAAUGAUUUUGUAUUAUUAUAACAAAAGCAUAGCUUAUGCUCCCAGUAAAUCUGAAGAACUUAUGUAUGCUUACAGUAAUCGUGCAUAUUUAUUAAUGCAUGUAAAUAAAUAUAGUGAGGCUAUAGAGAGUUUAGAUAAAGCCUUACAAUUGUCAGAUUCCGCAAAGAUGAAGCUGAAACUAUAUUGUCAAAAAGUAAAAUGUCUGACUGCUCUUGGCUCCUCAAUGAAAGAUGAUCUAUUGAAUGAGAUUGAACAAAUUUUUGAAAAAUCAAAGUUGUCUACUGAAGAGACAAACCAUGUUUCGGAUAUCAUUAAAAAAACCAAAUCGUCAAUGUCAUCGAUGAAGCAAUUCAAACCUCAGAAUGAAAAGUUCUUACAGGAAAGAGCAGAGUGCAAUCAAAUUAUAAAUGAUAGAGAGAAAGUUGAUCCUUUUGACUUUGUUGAAAUAAAAUCAACAAAAAAUAUGGGGAGAGGCUUAUAUGCCAAAACUGAUUUUAAAACAGUGUUUAUCAGUUGCAUGGACUGGAAUCCCAUGUGA